UAUAUUUGUGUGCGCGCGUGUGUGUGUAUAUAUAUUAAGAAUUAAUUUCAUAAAACAAAAAUAUAUAUAUAUACACACAUAUUUAUUUCUAUAUGGAAUGUUUUAAGGCUUUUUGUGCAUAAAUUAAGUGUUGCUAUAUUUGGUUGCUGUUUUUCGAAUGAAAUUGUUGCUCGUUGAUACAAUAUAUUGUUACAUAUUAUAAAUAUCAUUGGUUUUAAAUGUGUAAAAUUAUACUAUAUAUAUCAUUUGAAAUCCUAUGUAUAAUCUACGUACUUGUAUCAGCAUUGAUAUGUUUAUGCAAAGAUUUUUUUUUUUUGCCAUAAAACUAACUCUUAUGUUCCUUUGUGUUUAUUGAUGUGUCUUCACACGAGUUUUUUGGCACUGCUGUGCAAAUAGCUUAUAAAUGAAGGAUGAAAAGAACAGUGGUUGUUCGGUGUCUUUGCAUUCAUUUCAUUGAUUGAAGGCAAAUCGUAAAGACUGUUGAUUAAAUUUUGUUGCUAUACAUAUAAUCUAUUAAAAUGUUGGUAUAGGAACAUAUAACAACAUAUCAGGACAAAUGAUUUAUUCCAACAAUCAUUCGCUAGUAGAGGAUUGUCGAAUGUACCCUCCGUACAAAAAUUAAAGUAUUAACUUAAAUCUAGCAGAGUUUGUAUCAACGUUGUAGGACAUAGCCAUUAGAUGAAGCAAAAUAGGCUCCAACGCUUUAAAAUUAUUUAUUCAAAAUAUAGCAGACAUUAAUAAUAAAAUCAUUGAAUUACCAUGUAUGAACCCGAAAUUCUUUUAUAUUUCUCGCCCCAUUGUGUUUCAUAAACAUUGUGCUAUGGCAUUUGCUACAUUAACCAGUACCAUCUAGUUAAGCAAAUGUUUGACUUCAAUAAGUGUAAUAUACUUGCUCGUUUUAAACAAUUUUAUUUACUGGUCUUCUGCUUCCUAUUUUGAAACCUUGGAAUGCUCUGCAUCACACAAACAUAUUGAAACCCGAAACAAUUCAAUAGAAAUAAAAACCUCAAUUAUUUGUAAAACCUUCAAAAAUAUUUUUUACGCACAUUCAUACAUAGUCAAUCUAUAUCUCACUUGCACGUGUGAUAUUCUCUCUCUCUCUCUCUCUCUCUCCCUCUAUCUAUACAUCUGUCAAUUGACCCAGAUAAAAAAUCAAGCUGUUUAAAAAAUCAAAACUUGAACGUUUUGCAUUUACAUUACUAUUAUUGGAUAAAAAUUUCAAAUGCUCAACGAGUGAAGGUUACAAAGGACCUAACGGUACAUCGUAAAUAUGUUUGCUUGCGCACACAUGCCGAAUAUAAGACCCCAUUUAACGUUAUAUUACAUAGCGGGAGGGAUUCAGCGGCGAAGCACCUUGCAGCAAAUAUAAGCAAGUUCGGAAUGUUUACUCACGCCACGUAAGCUUGGGCCGUUAAUUCUUUAACUUAAAUGAAUUACCUAAUCCGAAUGAUAAGUUAAACAUACCUAUAACUGAUAUACAAAUAGCUUAUACAGUCUUUAUAGAUAAUUGGUAUGAUUUUGGAAAUGGUUGAUUGUUUAUUCGGCAAGAAUGCAAUAUACUAAUAUUGUAGUGGUCCGCGGCACUGAGAAUAUGAUAUACCUAUAGUCAUUAGUCGUAUCAUAUACGCACUUUACAACUGCUGCAUAUAAUAUGUAUAGGAACAAUUUAAAUAGAAAAGUGUAGAUAUAGACGACGUAUCAAUAUAUUCAAUGGACAUGAGCAUAACUAUAUGCUUAUGUGUAUAACUUGCCUAUUAUGUCCUGAUCAUCUAGAAUUGUUGUCACGUGCGCAUCGACAGAACACUAUAGGGAUAAUUCAUUACAUCCUUUGGGCUGCACAUUUUAAAGCGGACAACAUAAUAAGUUGUUACCUGCAUGGGAAGAUACUUUCUUACUUACCAUGUCAGGGAUUGUCAUGAGUAGCCGUAGCCAAGAUGGUGGAGCAAAGGCUAUUCAUCGAAGGAGCAGUUUGGCAGCAUCUUUGCAUUCCAAUUUGCUCGGUCUCGGAUCUACCCACGAAUCAACGUCUUUUCACGUAGUUGGUUCAGCACGGCGAAGAUUCAGCAAUGUUAGUGAUGUGGUAUCUAGAAAGUUAUCGCACACCAUUGGCUGGAGAUCAGUAUCUGCAUCUGUGAAAAUUGCAGUGUCUCAGGGAACUUCCUUGUGUGGUCAAUACAUUCGCAAUAGAUUAAAGCGUUCAGGAAUCUUUCACCGAAAAUUGGGAUUAAAAAGAUUGAGAAGCGAAAUAAUACUUCCAGGUGGCACAGUAGUUGGAGAAGUUUAUCCGGAGCUCACAAGCAUUGGUGCAGAGUUAGAGAAAAUGCAUCCUCAUCUUUUCACAAAAAUCGGACGGCAAGUGGGAUGUAGUACCUUCAGUUCGGAACAAGCUGCCAGUGAUGUGUUGACUGAUGUAUCAAGGGAAAUGUUGAGAAACGGGGAAAUGACUUGGAGCAAGAUAAUUGCUUUGUAUGCAGUUGCUGGUGGAAUAGCAGUGGACUGUGUUCGUCAAGGAAAACCAGAGUAUCUCCCAGCUAUCCAACAUGGAAUGAUGGAAGUUCUCGAGGAUGAUUUGGCUGCAUGGAUUCAAGCUAACGGAGGAUGGAGUGCCCUGACAACUCGAUACAGGCCUGUGGUAAAACCGACUAUUUGGCAGGUGUACGGGCUUCCACUAUUCCUUUUAUUGACUAUCAUAUUCAUAGCUGUGAUAUUUCUAUAUUCAUAAAAACUUAUUUAGGAUAUUUUUAUACAAUUGAGGAAGGUAAGAGGUAUAUCAUCAGCGAAAUCUUUUCAUAAGAUACCUACAUUUAAUAUAUUGACAUUGUUAAUAGAUACAGUAGAAGACAAUUUGUAACACUUUGUGCAUUAAGUGUAGUAUACCAAAAUUCAACCAGAUUCAUAAUGUUCUAGUAGGUAUCAAACUUACUCCAAUUGUUGCCAAUAAUAUACAGUGACGUAUAACAUGGCUCGGUCUCAGUUAGUAUUAUAAGAAUACUUUAUUCGUGGCAACUGGCCUACAUUGAACAACAGAUGUAUAAUAUUAUAAUUAUUGCAAAAUAAGUCCAUAAUUAUAAUUUAAUUUGGUUGGUUUUACUCUUUUCUUUCACUGAUAAAAUCGUUUUCGGAAUGUCACUGAAAUAUGUGAAAAAGUUUGGUAUAUCAGAAAUACUAAAAGUUAUUCAGAAAGAAUUAGAGAACUGUAAUAUGCUCAUAUACACAUUUAUCAGCCAUAAGGGGUUUUCAAAAAAAUUAAAUACUUUUCGAGCAACUCAGAAAUGAUGAGAUAAUCAACUAGAGGUAACAUUAAUCUUUCACAGUCAAAAUUUUUUUUCCUUCCAUAAGAAAUGCAUAGCUUCUGGGGAUGAAAUCAUGCCUAUUGUGCCUAUGUCACGACACUGAGUUAAGUAUUACAUUUCUCCUGUAAUCUGGUAGCAAAUUUUUCUCUGAAGAUUACAUUACAUCAAACAGCAUGUCCUGGAAAAUUCUUAUAAAGUCUCUCAAUUUGCGAAAAAAUUUUCUGAAAUACCUACAUAUUUUUAGUGCUUUAGCAGUGCUUUCAAAGAGACACUUUCACGUCAUUUCUAUUGCUGCUUUAUUACAAUGCUGUGAUAAUUCGUGAUACGUAGUACACUGACCUGAAAUCGUGAAUUACAAUUCCAAGAAGUUCAACUUCUCAGAUUCGUUGUCAAGCUUUUCCGGCUCUUCAGUUGGUUCGGACAUUAAGUGAACUUUCUAGCCACCCAUUAAAAAAAAUUUCGUUAUUGACACAUGAGCUGGUUAAGAAUGAGAAAAAUAGUGCAUGAUAAAUGAAUAUCACGAGUAUUUUCAAUGUUGAAUGGACGGACUAAUAUAGAACAAAUAAUCCUCACCUGCUCAUUCAAUGUAUUCACCGUCAGACUUAAAUACAAUUGAUUGGUUUCUUGUUUAUUUAGAAUACGAAGAUACUUUUUGCGAGCCUCUAGUACCGUAUCCAACUCUUUCUUAUGUCUGGUUGCGAGCUCCAAUGCCCUAUCAUGAAAGCGUAAAUCAGCUGUAUUUAUUGAUCAGAUAUUUAGUAUUAAAAUUCACAGAACAAUAAUCUAUCAUGAAUAUACCUGUUCCAGUUAUAUAUUUUGAUAUUGGCAUGAAUCGCUUCAACAACUAAGCCAUUUUGCAGGAGGAUUCCUUCUGCAGCCAACAAAUCACCUGCCAAUAAAGUCAUUCCAGCCAGUUUUUCGAUUUUAUUUGGCAAGAGCUGUCAAAAAUUUAAUUGUUACCGACAGUGUGGUUGGAUCCUCUUUUAAUAAGCAUGAUGUGAAAUGUUAUUUUUCAACUACCAUGUAUACGUCUUAGGUAUAUUAUUUGAAAGAGUAUAAUCGCAAUAUCUGAUUGCUCAUAAGUUACAGUUGUGGUUUUCUCACCUUAAUGUACUGAAUGUAAUCAACCUUAUCAAAUCUGCCUAUAGCAGCAUAUGCCUCUUCUGCAGCACUCAACUCUUUGGCAUCUGUUGCCAUAACUGCCAUAGAAGUCCACAGUAUUUCAUUCUAAGUAAAAAUAAAUAUCUUGUAAGCUGUGUUGCAUAUAAAUAUAAAUAGUCAUAUACUUUUAGUAUGUAAAAUUUUGUCAUACAACAUAUACUAUAAAUAUCAAGGUUUCUGUAAUGAUUAAUGCGAUUGUCUGUAAAAAUGUUCUAGAUCAAACUGCUAAAGACUGAAUGAAACCAUUA